AAUUAAUGGAAGUUCAUGAAAGUUAUAGAUCCUAGUUGGAUUAUAAUUCAAGUUUUUUUGAGCCUAAGUAUUUUCUAAUGUCUAUGAUAUUGUUAUUCAUCCUUUAUUUUAUUUUAAAAAACACGAGUAAUAGAAGAGAGCCAAUAAAAGUAUAAUUAUAAUGUAAUGAUCAAGGAUAGAGUUUGGAGAAAAUUUGCAUUUUCAUAUUAAGAUAUGAUGAAUACAUUUGAUAACACAGAUAAGGAACUUCUUAAAAAUACUUUUCAUAAUACAAUUUUCAAUACAAAACCAUCAAUGGUUUAAAAUGAUGUUAGAAAACUUAAUAAAAAAAAUCUUAAUGUGUAAUUUGAUUUAAAUAAAAAUAUUACACAUUUAUUCCAAUAUAAUGGGUAUUGAGAUAAGCCAAACUGCUUGAGAAA